AUGUGCGUAACGUGAGCAAUGCCUAUCCCGGUAUGGUCAUAGAUCGAGCAGUCGAAUCGUGCGGCAAUUCAGAAUUUAUAUGCUCAAUCAUUCGCUUGACAAACAGCGUAAAAUAACGUCGAAAUCAUGUCGCAAAUAUCUGCAACCGAGGGCCCGAUGUUACAGCAGAUUGACCUGACGAAGUUGAAUCUCCAGCAGCUUACACAAUUGAAGCAACAAUUGGAUCAGGAACUUGGUGUUUUCCAGGACUCGCUGCAGACCCUAAAAAUCGCUCAAAACAAGUUCCAAGAGUCCGGAACUAGUCUUGAGAAGCUUACCCCGUCCGCUAAGGGAAAAGAGAUACUCGUGCCACUGACAGGUUCGAUGUACGUUACGGGGAAAUUAGCUGAUACAGAGACGGUGAUAGUUGAUAUUGGGACUGGAUAUUACGCGCAGAAGGACAUCCAAGGUGCGAAAGAUUAUUUCAAAAGAAGAGUGAAUUAUGUAACGGAGCAGAUGGAGAAAAUUCAACAAAUUGGACUUGAAAAGAGUAAAAUAAGGGAAGCUAUUAUGGAUGUAAUGGAGAUGAAAAUACAAGGACAGAUGUCAACGCAAAAGGAACUUGCAGAGACUGCAUAGAGAUAUCUAUGUGACAUAAUUAAGUUACAUUCAUUCUAAUUCAUGCCCUAAUUUUAUGCCUUUUGUCUGUAUUUUUAAUUUAACUCUUUAAAAUUGUACUAGAAUACAUCUUCACUGUACAUUUGGUGUUACGUUAUCAACUUGUUUAACACUGCUUCAAGUCAUUGAGCUAUACAUUUUCUUACAUAUAAAAUGAUACAAAGUUUUGUUUGUACACAGAGCACAAGUAAAAUAACAAUUGCUAAUAACAAAAUCGUUAUGCCCCAAUUUUUGUCUACAAAAUAUUUUCACUCCACAGUCAGCGAGGGAAUAGCAAAGACCUUAUUCGAAUUUGAUGCGCGAUAUUAAACGUUGAUUUUAUUCUGUACCAAUAAAGCGAUUUUUUUGUGUGAAUAAUUAUGCGAAAUAUUAUCAUGCAGGCAUUACAUAUUCGUUAUUCACCAAGAAUAAUUUUUUUUGAGAAUAUUAUAUUUUGAUCUCAUAGCGUAUUUAAUACAAUUGUAUAUUGAUGCAUAAUAAAGUAUCCUCCGUAAUUUUGAUGUUUGAAA